CACCUGUCGAUAGCGAUAUCUAUUCCUGCCGUGCGCCCAUCUUCUCUUCACAUCUUAUCGUUAAUACGUCCAUUAUUUCAUUCUACGUCAAUGUCCAGCAACCUUGAAGUCUUGGCAGUCAUCUAGCAAGCUAUUAAACUGCUGAAGUUUUACAUUCAGGAAAGACUUUAACAGUAAACUCGCGACAGGCGUGUAAUAUUAUAUUUGUAAUAUUCGCCGAUAAGAUAGAUAUAGCCGGCACGUAGUGACUUGGCACGCGCUAGAGUUUUAUUUGAAUGAAUAACUCACAGUGGUUUCUGAUAAUUAAUGUCUUACGAAUAAAAGGGUUCGAACUGGGAUACUCGGCGUACAAUCAUAAUACACUGAUAGUCUGGGAAGCACAGUUCGGCGAUUUUGCCAAUACCUGUCAGGUCAUACUAGAUUGCCUGCUAAGCUCCGGACAAGCCAAAUGGGGCAGACAGGUAGGAUUGGUACUGUUGCUGCCGCACGGUUUGGAGGCCCAGGGGCCGGAGCACUCGUCCGCCAGAUUGGAGAGAUUUCUUCAGCUGUGCGACGACGAAGGAACUUAUGUGCCCGGAACGGAACCCGGUGCUCCCACCGGUGAGACCGUCGAACAAAUUAUGACGAGACAGCUUUUCGAGAUAAAUUGGAUCGUCUGUAAUCCCACGACACCUGCCAAUCUGUUUCAUCUUCUGCGUCGACAGAUAUUGAUGCCGUUCCGUAAACCGUUGGUUAUUAUGAGCCCCAAAUCAUUAUUGCGUCACCCGAUGGCGACAUCGAAUUUUGAAGAGAUAGGACCAGGUACGAGCUUUAAACAUGUUCUACCGGAUUCAUCCGUGAAAACCGGGAACGUGAAGAAGGUGUUGCUCUGUACCGGGAAAGUGUACUACGAUUUGGUCGUCGAGCGACAGGAGCGACAAUUAGAAGAUAAAAUAGCUAUUAUUAGAAUCGAGCAGCUCUGCCCUUUUCCGUAUCAUCUCUUCGCAGCGGAAAUGACAAAAUAUCCACAAGCAAAAAUCAUGUGGCUGCAAGAAGAGCACAGAAAUCAAGGCGCUUAUUGUUACGUGAGAGAUAGGAUAGCCUUAGCUUUGGGCAUUCCACUGGAGGAGGUCGAGUACGGUGGUCGCCCUGCCUCGGCUGCACCGGCGACCGGUAGCAAGAUUAUUUAUAAGAAUGAGCACGAUAACAUGAUGGCAAUUGCGAUGAAGAUUGACGAGUGACUAAUCCCGUGGCUAAAAAGCAUCGUGACUAUGUAUCGGAAAUAACAUAAUAUUUCUUCGGGAAAACAAAAUCGUGUAGUGUGAGAAAAUGUACUCGUAACUUGAAAUGUAUCGUAAAAAGAAAAACCGGAUGUUUUACAAUAAAACGCCCGCGGGGUCUAUCGUUAAUAAUAUUAUGAUAAGCGAUUGCACCUACGAUCAAUUCUGAUUACCGGAUUUGAGCGGAACUCACUCACCAGCAGGCACGAAUACUCGGCCUUUCCCUGCGUUGCGCACGAAAGAAUUACUUUAUUCGAACAAUUCCACAUUACAUUCCCGUUUUCAUCGCGCUUGCGGAAGACUUCCUAGACACGAGUCGCAAGGAUGCACGAUAUGGGACUAGAGUCAAACGUCGAUUAAGCCGGGACGCUAAUGAUCGCCAACGUACACACGCAGAAAGAAUUUACACUUCGAACAGAGGCCACAAUUAUUAACGGCUUAAAUAAUUUCAUCUGCGAUACUGGCCAACAGUGACUCUAUUGUUUCCGUCUUGAACAUGACAUUCGUUAUAUCGCACCAAGAAAUUUCCUCAGGCCGAAUAUAGAUCGUCUCGAAUUUAGAGGACAAAUCCUGUGUGAAAUCUGAAGAUAAUUUAAAAUUGAAGGAGUGGUUGAUAAGUGGUUGGUAAACAUCCGCCGGAUUAUCGGAUUGACUUUAGUCGCGUUCGGUGUCUGCAAUUUAAACUCUUGCUCAUUCGGGGAAUGAACUCCAGUUAUCGGAAUUAUUAUCGACUGUUCUUUAGUCGCGUCUUAGAUCAGAGGGAAGUCGAUACGGCGCGCUAACGUUAUGUAAUGCCGUUGCAAUGUCAUUGUUGAAGAAAUUCGUGUUUUAUGGCUUCGUGAAUAUUAAAAAAUUAUGAUUAGAU